GUUUAAAUUAUCCAAUUUAAACGGAUAGUAUUGUGCCAAAAAGGGUCUUAAUGCCCUUUUGCCAUUAUCAUUCUCUCAGAGUAGAAGGGUGCAAAAAAAAGAAAAAUUCAAAGAAAAUUGAAGGAAAAGUGAACUCAAGGAAAUUUGAGUGAGGGAAUUUAAAAAAAAUAGUUUUUUUUACUAUGAGAGACAAUCUGAAGGAGAGAAGAGUUUAGAUGAAAAAGAAUCAUUUUUUCUAAUAAUUAAAAAGAGAAAAGCACGAGGGAAAAUAUUUUCAAAAAAAAAAUUUUUUUCAAACCGGAUUUUUGUUGUUGUUGUUGUUUUUUUUUUGUCUUUGAAAAGAGGGAAAAUUUUUUUUUGGAUCAAAUGGAGCUUCAACUAAUUAUGGAUACUGGACCCGAAACCCUCAGCGGGACAAUGUGGUUGAACAAUUCUUCGCCUUCUUAUCAACAAGUCUCAUCGAGUCAUCAAAAUGUGUGUGAAGGGAUCACAGCUCAAUCAAUGGGAUAUCACGAUCCGAGCAAUGAUCUUUGGCAGGAGAAGCGAAAUAUGGUUAAAAAUUCUCCAGAAUCAGAAACACAAAUACGUUCGAGUAGCGCAUCACCUCAAAAUAAUUCAUCAUCGAUAGUUCUUAAUCAAACGAAAAAUUUACUCAAACGUCCAGCCGAGGAUUCCUUGCAACAACUUGAGGAUAUCAGCAGAAAACAUGCUAGAACUGAAGGAUCAAUAGGAAGUAAUGGAUCUGGACAGGGUUGGACUACGCAAGUGGAAGAACUUGCAGAACAUUUGGCUGCUGAUUUUGAUAAUUCUUUGUCGGCUCUUGCCGCCUCCGAUCUUGCCACGGCUGUUGCUUCUUAUAAUAUGAGCGAUGCUUUACUGGCUUUACCUUCGCUUACAAUCUUUAAGCAGGAAGCACAGUCUCCCGAAAACCAGCCCAACAAUCCUAAUUUAAACCACGUUUCACAAAGAAGUGUGAAUGUUGCACCAAAUAAUGAUGGAAAUGUCGGUCUACUGGAUCCAGAUAGCAACAAUAACGGACAAAAUGCACCAAGCCUCCAUCAGUUGUUGUACAAUUCAAAUGAAGAGUAUCCUCCAACAUCCUCUUCCACAAAUCAUGUGUCGUCUUCUCAGCAAGGUUACGAAACCAAUGAGGAUUGUCGAUUCCAGUAUGUUUUGGCAGCAGCGACAAGUAUUGCUACCAAGGUGAACGAAGAAACUCUAACAUACUUGAAUCAAGGACAAUCUUAUGAGAUUAAAUUGAAAAAAUUGGGUGAUCUUUCGGCGUAUCGUGGGAAAAUUUUGAAGGGAGAUCCGGCUUUUUUGUUCCAGUCGACCAUUCGCAUUUGCUUUCAUGAAAGACGUUUGCAAUAUACGGAAAGAGAACAGAUUCUUGCCUGGCAACGUGCGAGACCUGGCGAAAGACUUUUGGAAGUUGAUGUGCCUCUAAGCUAUGGAAUGGUGGAUGUUUGUCAACCCUCUCCAACAAAUAACAGCGUGGAUUUCAUGUGGGAUCCCACAAAAGAAGUUGGUGUUUAUGUCAAGAUAAAUUGUAUCAGCACUGAAUUCACGCCAAAAAAGCAUGGCGGUGAAAAGGGUGUGCCUUUUCGUAUCCAAGUUGAAACUCGUCUUCCUGGUGGAUCACGACUACAUGCCGCUUCUUGUCAAGUUAAAGUUUUCAAAUUAAAGGGUGCCGAUCGAAAACACAAACAGGAUCGUGAUAAAAUUUUGAGAAGACCUCCCCUUGAACAGGAUAAAUAUCAGCCCAGUUAUGACUGCACUGUUUUAUCUGACAUUCCACUGGAGUCUCUAUCAUUGUCAACUUCGAUAACUCAAAAUGCAGCUAGUCCGUACGCUCCAUCAGAGGCAAUAUCACCCCAAAGUCGAACUACAAUUAGCGGCAGUUCUUCGCCAAUUUUAACUCCUCUAUCACUCUCUGUGGGUAACACGGGCGUUCUGCCAAUUGUACCAGCUUCCGAGUCUGUAAAAGAGGAUCCCAUACAAGCACCUGCGCUCCCAUCUCCAGCUGCAAUAAUUCCAGAACAAUCCUGUUCUGUCGAUACAAACGUUGUCUCGUACCCUUUGGAUUUAUCGCCAGACGCAAAUGCAUCGCAAACAUCAGCCUGGCUACGAGCGGCGCGUUUCCAAACGUUUGAAUCAACGUUUGCAAGUUUUUCAGCUUCUGAUAUUCUACGCUUAUCACGAGAUGACUUGAUUCAAAUUUGUGGUUUAGCUGAUGGAAUUAGACUAUAUAAUUGUUUGCACUCGAAAGCACCGGUGCCCAAAUUGAGUCUCUAUUUCUCAACUGAGGGCAACAAUUCCCUUUGGCGAGUUGUUUACUUGGAAAGUCUUACUAGUGCUUCUCUAACUAGUAAACUAGUUAAAACACUGAAUUUGCCUCAGGAAAGAUUGCACUCUAUGCUCCUGCUCGGUCCACAAGGAAUCCAUAUUCUGGUCACUAACGAAUUGGUGGCGAAUAUGAAGGAUGAAAACAUGUAUUUUGUUGAAACUAUCAAAGAUGUAAAUAGUGACCGAUACAAAUUGCUUCUAAAGCCUUCUUCGUGCUGAAACCACGGAAAGCCAUAUAUUGAAAACAAGCCGAACGAAAAAAUAAACUACGAAAA